GGCCCGGACGCGUCACAGGCCGUGACGUCGCGUGUGCGGAAGGCGCGCUCUGUUGUCUACAGCGGGUGAGGAGAAGAAGGCGGCGGGCGGGCACGUGUAGCCCCGGGACACGGUUCCAUCCCCCGAGAUGAUCGAUCCUUUAGAGAACGACCUGUUUGGGAUGCCGGAUUAUGAAGAGACAGAAGAUGAGAAUUUCCCCCCUCUGCCCCCCCCACGCUCUCCCGGGGGCAGAGGAGACGAUGCCGGGGAUGGGGAAAAUGGAGAUGACUUGGAUGACUGGACCAGGAAUAUGGGCGAAUCACAGCCAGAAGAAGCACCUAAACCUAUCAGGAGAGCCGUGAAGAGGCCGCAGCCCAAACUGGAUGCCAAUCGUCUUACUUCACAGCGCGGUUUACCAGCUUUACGACAUCUUUUUGAUGAUACAAAGUUCAAAGGCAAAGGGCAUGAGGCUGAGGAUCUGAGGGUUCUGCUCAGACAGAUGGAGAAUUGGGCACACCGGCUUUUUCCUAAGCUGAAGUUUGAGGAUUUCCUAAACCGAUUAGAAACAUUGGGGAACAAAAAGGAGGUGCAGACUUGUCUAAAAAGAAUCCGGAUGGAUCUGCCGAUCUUCCAUGAAGACUUUGUCAGUGAUGAAGUUGUUGUACAGAUGGAAGAUGACCGCCCUGAUUCUGAAGACUUCCCAGCUUUCCCGGAACCCCCGGCACCAUCUUUGUCACAAUCCAGCACCGCUGAGCUGAGUGAAGAGACGAGACGGAGGAUAGAGAAGAACAGGCUUCUGGCUCUGGAGAAGAGAAUGCAGAAGAUGCAGGCACUAGCGGAUAGCCAGGCAGUGGCCCCGACACCCGUUGUGUCUCAGACUCCUCCGCCUGCUGAUCCCGAUGAGAUUCCGGAGGAUUUUGAUGAAGAUUUGUUGGAAGAAGUAGACAAUGUAGUGGAAAGCGGCACACAGCCAGCGGCCAGUCCAGUAGUGACCGCAACAGCAGAAACGCAAUCCAAUGAUACAAACUCAGAAGUACAAGAUGAUGAUGAUUGAUGGUUUAUACAUAUGUGUGUAUAUAUAUUUUUUUCUUUAAUAAACUAUUUUAUUUCAUUAAAAGUU